AUGAAUGACAAGGACGUGGAACAGGGUGGAAAUGGCUACCUCAAGAAGCCUGCCACUCCCAGUUACCAGAGUGGAAGCAUCCGAGAGCCCAACUAUGAAGAGACUACAAUCGUACACCAGCCCUAUUAUCGACGGGUUAUUGAGAGCUUCAAGCGAGAUCCUCUCUUGAAGAUCACCCCGAAUGGUGUUAUUGGGGCGAAUGGUCAUGUCUUCCACUCUGAAGCGGCAGCUCAGAAUACGGCCAACUCUCCUUUGGCAAGGAAAUUGAAGGGAAGGCAUUUGCAGAUGAUUGCAAUUGGCGGUUCUAUCGGAACCGGUCUUUUUGUCGCUUCAGGAAAGGCCCUUGAAACUGGAGGUCCUGCUUCGCUUCUCGUCAGUUUCUCACUGAUUGGUAUCAUGCUGUACUGUACUAUGCACGCCCUUGGAGAAAUGGCUGUUCUGUUUCCCGUCGCUGGAUCCUUCUCGGCAUACUCGACACGUUUUCUGGAUCCAGCUUGGGGCUUCGCCAUGGGAUGGAAUUACGCUAUGCAAUGGCUUUGCGUUCUUCCCCUUGAGAUCAUCGCUGCAUCUAUAACGGUUAACUACUGGGACGAACACCAGAGGUAUAGCCACUCGAUAUUCGUCACCAUUUUCUUAGUCCUUAUCGUCACUAUCAAUAUGUUUGGGGUCAGGGGAUAUGGAGAAGCCGAAUUCAUCUUUUCGUUCGUCAAGAUUGUCGCUGUGAUAGGAUACAUCCUACUGGGAAUAAUUCUGAACUGUGGGGGUGGCCCCGAUAGUGGCUAUAUUGGUGGUAGAUAUUGGUCCAAUCCGGGUGCAUUUCACAACGGAUUCAAAGGACUUUGCAGUGUGUUCGUUACAGCUGCCUUUGCAUUUGCAGGGACAGAAUUGGUUGGUCUUGCAGCUGCAGAAACUGCGAAUCCUCGCAAAUCACUGCCAACUGCUAUCAAGCAGGUGUUUUGGCGUAUUUCGAUAUUCUAUAUCGCAAGUCUGACAGUUGUUGGGCUCCUCGUUCCAUAUGACGAACCACGGCUGUUGACAGGAGACAACGCGCUCGCAGCGGCAUCUCCUUUUGUCAUUUCCAUCAAUAACGCCGGCAUUGAAAUUUUACCGUCCUUGAUGAAUGUCGUUAUUCUGAUCGCAGUGCUGUCUGUUGGAAAUUCGGCAAUUUUUGGAUCCUCGCGGACUCUCGCUGCACUCGCAGAUCAAGGCCAGGCGCCGAAAAUAUUCAGCUAUAUCGAUCGCAAAGGCCGCCCUCUCUUGGCUAUCUGCUUCGCAUCGUCUCUUGGCUUAAUCGCAUACGUUGUGGAGUCGGAAUCGCAAGGGACAGUGUUAGAUUGGAUGCUAGCUCUUUCUGGGCUAUCUUCAAUAUUUACGUGGGGCUCUAUUUGCCUUUCGCAUAUACGAUUUCGCCAUGGUUGGAAGGCUCAAGGGCACACACUCGAUGAGCUAGCAUUCAAGUCUCAACCCGGCAUUAUCGGGUCCUGGAUAGGCUUUAUCUUCAAUUGCCUCGUCUUGGUAACUCAAUUCUGGACUGGAGCGUUUCCAGUUGGGUAUGAAGAUUUGACAGGUGCCGAACAGGUACAGCACUUCUUCCUGGGCUAUCUAGCAGCUCCGAUUGUCAUCACGUUCUACCUUUCCUAUAAAUUUUGGUUUAAAACGUCGAUUAUGCGCGCCAAAAAUAUGGAUCUGACAACAGGCAGAAGAGAACUGAAUCUCCCGGAGUUGAUUGCUGAAGAGAAGGCGGAGCGUGCUGCUUGGCCUCGCUGGAAGAGAGGAUACAAAACUCUUUGCUAG